UGUGGGGUGUGGACACGGGCCAGCGCUCUCUGCCCUCAACAUCGGUAAAACUCCUUUAUAAUACCUCAUUUAUGGAGGUGUAGCUCUGCCUCUAUGGCUUAAGUUAAUGUGUUUUACCCCGAAGUGACCACAAUAGGUGUUGCUGCGCCUGAUCACUUAUUUAGUAGGUAUGAUUGGCGAAUUGUGCUAAUGACUCAUACAAGAAUCUCACCAGCGAUUUUUAUAUAAAUAUUUGAAAAACGAAUUUAUUCGAUGUUGAUGUGGGAUAAAACUAUCAACGGCAGUUGACGGCAACAACACGAGUGCCCAGGAUACUACAAGACUGUAUUGCCAGGAGGACGCAGACGCCGCCUCCGAGGUGAAAGUUCUGAGACGCUGUGUUUGUGCUUACAUACAAACUGUCUCAACGGAUAUGGAAGAAGUAAGAUACGUAUUACAGGAUAUUAAGAGAAAUAUAUAAGACAAAGCAGUUUCAUGAACAUGGUAACCUAAGUCAAGGUCAGUGGUGUUGAGAGACACUGUGAGAAAUGUCUAUGUCAGGGUCAUGCAACACACUCAACCUCCUCCAUGACAAUGGGAAUCAUCAUUCUCCUCAUAGUGCCUUCUCGUCUGUGCCAGGUAUUAGUGCCAUGUAGGUGUCGAAGAACAUGAAGGUUAUUCAUGGAACUAACUCGAAGUCAUGUAAGGGCUGGAUGAAACGAAACCAAGAACGUGUAAAUACUGGUUGAAUGUAACACAAUACAGGACAUGUAAGUAACAUAUACAAGUACAAGAAAAUAUGUAAGUGCCUAAUGGAAGUGCGAUAGGAAUAAUUUAGUGCUGGAAGAACAGUGCAACAAUAACAUGUACAGUAAGUGUCGGAAACAAUUGCCACAGAAUUAGGCAAUCACCGAUGAAAAGGCUGUAAUAAGUUAUAAGCAAGUGAGUCAGUGCUAAAAAAAAGAAAAUACGUGUAACAAGUGUUAAAGGAACGGACAUUAGUGACGUAUGUGCUAAAGAAACGUAAUUGACGUAAGCGCUAGUGGGACAAGUAAAGAGCUUAUACAGGUACACUAGGCCGUGUUAAUGCCGGGAAUAACGUGGUGAAACUGUGACAGUACCUGAGUGAUGAUGUCAGAGGAUCAAGUAAACACGACACAAUAUUACCAGACGACCACUGUGGUGCACCCAGUACACAGAAGGAGUAUGUGAGGGAGGCGUAGGAGUGGUAUAGGAGGAGGCGAGUGUGGAAGGGGACAUGAACACCAGAUGUACAGGGGAGCGUCCACCACGCCCACUGCCACUCCUUCUGCCACACCACUUGCCAGGCCCUCUACCAAGUCGUUUACCACGUCGUUUGUCACGCUCCCUGCCACGCCGACAGUCUCGACCUCUCCAGAGCUGCAUACUUCACCUUCUACCACACCAUCCGUCAAGCCCUCUGCCACACCAUCCGUCAGGCCCUCUGUCACACCAUCUGCCAAGACCUGUGCCACACCAUCCGCCAGGUCCUCUGCCACAAGUUGUGCCGGGCCCUCUACCAAGCUGAUUGCUACGAUCUCUGCUAUCCAAACUGGCAGGUUCCCUUCCACAUCUACUGCCAGGCCCUCUGCCACAACUACUGCCACACCUUCUGCCACACCGGCUGUGAGGCAGUUGGCGCCGCGGAACAUGAAGAUGAAGGCAAGAUGGCAGCAAGCAGUGAGGAAGCUGCAACUCACAGACUGGGAUACACCCAUGCUCCGGCCUGAGAGGUUCGAAAUCAAGUUUGAUGCACCCGGAGCUGUGUACUUCUCCCAGCAGACCAUCACAGGGAAGGUCAUCCUCCAGGUGGACGACCCUCUCAACCUCAAGGGCGUGAAGAUGAGGUUCCGAGGCGAGUGUUGCAUCCACUUCACUGAAUACCCGAGGAAACUGCAGAACCUGAGGAAAAACAAGAAGGAGAGGCGGAGGAAGCAGGAGGAGUGUGCUGGGUCUGACUCCUGCUCACAAGCCAAGUGGUCGGCGCGCCAGAACGGGCACUCGGGGGGCAUCGAAAACCCUGGUUACAUCCCUGACGGGACGGAAAUGGGGGAUGGCGUGCAGACAGAUUUGAGGGAGGAUGGGUCGGGAUCAGCUUGCCACGCCUCCGCCAGACGACUCUCUCAGCGCCCCAACUCGACGGAGUGCGCGUGGCUGGAGAGCUCCUUGAGCGGCCCCAAGCAGCACUACAGGGCCCAGGAAACUUACUUCGACUGCGAGUUCUACAUCUACGGACACAAAUAUCAAAAGGAUGAAAAGGAGAUGCUGCCUGCUGGCCUGCACGAGUUCCCCUUCGCCUUCAGCCUGCCGCCUAACCUGCCUCCCAGUUUCAACAGUGAGAAGGGGUUCAUUGGCUACAUGGCCGUGGCCAUCCUCGACCGACCAGCCGCCGCUAACAUCGUCCAGAAGGAGGGGUUCAGUUUACACUCUAUCCUCGACCUCAACAUGGACUCUCAUGCUAAUUCGACGACGAGCAGCAGUAAGGCCAAGAAUCUGUGUUGCUUCUGCUGCCAGACGGGACCCAUCACCCUGUCGGCGCGCAUCCCUCGCCGAGGUUUCGUCCCGGGGGAGAAGAUCUUUGUGUCUGCCGAGGCCGACAAUGUCUCUGCUAGGAACACUCGCAGGACUAGACUCCUCUUACUACAGGUGGUAACGUACAUCAUGCCCAACGGCGUGAAGGAUAUGGUGGAGGAGAGAGUGUUGAAGGAGAUCGUCCGAGGCAUCAUCCCGCCGGGGGAGUCAGACAUGUGGGAGAACGUGGCUAUCGUAGUUCCUCCCCUCGUACCUGCCAACGUCCACCUCACCUGCCGCCUUCUGCGUGUCCAGUACCGCCUCGACAUGAUCCUGGAGCCCCCGCUACCGUCGUCGGACCUGAGGGUGAGCCUCCCGCUCAUCAUCGGCUCAGUGCCUCUCAGGAACCGUUUCUCCUCUUUCCUCCCGCCCGGCGAGACCCGCAAACCCACCGGCCUCCCUGGCAUCAAGUACAAAAACUACCCCUCCUACUGGUUCGGGGAGUGUAUGUUCGGCAAGGAGUUCCUGGAGAGUCAGUACGAGCGAGUGACGGGUAUGCAUGAGGAUUACGGCCCUCAGUACACAGCCCUCACGCCCUUUGCCCCUAACUACAUCUGCUACACGACUGGCAACAACGUCGACGAAGAGGACCGAUGACGCACGAACGUUCCCUCCCACCCGCUGACGCCCUGGUACACUAUGAAGUUCUAUCUGGAGGUUCUACAUGUUAUGGCGCGGUGUUUGAUCCUGUGGAAAGCUAUGUUACACCAUGACGGAUUUGUCUGUCGAUUUUGUGGUUUAUGGUUCAUUUUUACGACUCGUGUCGUAGUGUGACUUUGUGACGUUGCAUGGGCGAGUGAAGGAAUACGAGUCCGUGACAGUGUGGUCUAUUGACAUAGUUGGAACAGUAAGGCAAAAGCAGCAACAUUCUGGAGGAGCCAAAUCUUGUAGUGGUAAUGGCCCGGACACUCCAGGGCUGCCAGCACAACCAAUACCAUCAUCAAAGUGGAGUGACAGUCCUAUCUAAUCAUUUAUAAUUGAUGGCGGACCAUUGUAAUUACUAACUUUGUUACGCGCUUAGAUCUUAGUUGUUGAAGCGCAGUAAUAACGCCAAGUGGAGUGAAAUAAUAAGAACGAUAUUGACACUGAUAUAUAUUUGUACUGUACUACUUUUUUCUUGACCUCAAGAGGCACAAUUAUUUCUGUUUUAUAAGGUUCACUAUUUUGAACUUUCCUGAUGAUCGUGGCCUUCAAUAUUCAUAAAAUUAAAUGUCCACAACAGCUCUCAAA